AUGGCUAGCAUUGAUCGUUACAGGCCCGCUGGCAGAGAAAGCUACCAACCACCGUCGCUUCCGCCCAAACCACCACCACCGAGCGACCGCCAGUCAAGAUCUCCAACGCGACGACACGGCGCGGCUCUUGUCCCGCCAGCGGCGCCAUCACCACCAGUGCAUUCGUCCAGAAACUCGCCGCCACGGCCGGGCAUGGCCAGGCGCGGCCCUCCCGCAGCGUCACCGUUGCGCCCUCCCACAACUGCUGCACCCAAGCCGCGAAAGAACAACCAAUGGUUUUUCACGCCAGAUGAAAUACGCAGCACUCCCAGCAUAGCCGACGGGCUGCGUCCAGCCGAAGAACGGAUGCGCAGGGCCAAAGGUGUCAGCUUCAUCUACCAGGCUGGUGUGCUGCUUGAGCUGCCUCAAAUAACAUUAUGGGUCGCCGCCGUGUUCUUCCACCGAUUCUUCAUGAGGGUCAGCUUGGUGGAGGAGAAGGGUGGUGUUCAUCAUUAUAAUAUCGCUGCAACCUCUUUAUUCUUGGCGAACAAGACACAAGAAGACUGCCGCAAGACCAAAGACCUCAUUAUUUCAGUGGCACGCGUCGCCCAAAAGAACGCAAAUCUUAUCAUCGAUGAACAGAGCAAGGAGUACUGGCGCUGGAGGGACAGCAUCCUGAUGCACGAAGAAAUCAUGCUCGAGAUCCUGACUUUCGAUCUCAUGGUCAAGGUUCCAUACCAGCCUCUGUUCGAAAACCUCAAGGAGCUUGGUCUACAUCACAACAAACGUCUGAGGGACGCUGCCUGGGCUUACCUUAACGACUCUUGCUUCAGCACGUUGCCUCUGCUCAUGUCGGCAAAGGAUAUCGCCGCCAGCGCGAUCCUAUUUGCCAGUGCUACGACAGGUGAGAAGGUUGAGGAUAUCAACGGCGAGCCGUGGUGGGUCCUCAUCAAGGCCGACGAGAGCCGUAUAGUGCAGGCCAUCAACGUCAUAGUCGACUUCUACACGGAGAACCCACUUGGCAAGAAGACGGAUCGGCUGCCAGGUUCGCCGGAAUUUUCACUUGAGAGCACCCGCAGGAGAGGUGACACGAUCCUCAGCCAGCAGACAGACGCCUCAAGCUACAAUGGCACUCCGAUGGAGACGGACCGGGGCGGCACGCAGAGCCCUGGCGCCAGGCUCAACGGUAAGCCUGAUCGCGACAGCUCCGGCAGCAACAGCGCGGGAAAGGAUGAGCUGAGGCGGGAGCCGAAUGGUGGCGCACCUCUGCGACCUGACGUUAAGAGAGACCCGGACGCUGCGUUGAAGGCGGCCGGCAACGAUCCCGACACUCAUGACGAGGGUCUGGUAUCGCCCAACAUGAACGACGUGGCCUCGCCGUCGGGCACAAAGAGGUCUGGCGAAGCAUCGGACGCCGAUAGGGACAGAAAGAGAGCUCGUUUGAGUGACGAGGAUGAGGACGAGGGGGAAGUUCCCGAGUAA